GUGUUGACGCCUUGUGCGGGGUUCAAAGGGCCUGCCCGUUGACAGAGCAGUAAAUCCCUCGAUUAAACCCAGGUAGCAAGUUAAUUGUGACAAGACCAAUGAAGUGGCUCGGAUGUGCAGAUGGCGCUAAAAGGUCCAAGAGACCAAUGUUUUGUGGUAGAUCGUCCAGAGACAAUACAAAUAGGGGCUCGUAAAGCAACAUUUAUCCACGGUUCAACCAGCGUCGAGCCCCUGACAUCAUCCCGCAACUCAACCCCCUUUUACCACAACCCUUAUCCACGCCACUAACACCACCAACACCCCCUAAUCUGCAGCCCACACUUGACGGCCAUGGCCCACCAGUCCUACCACGGGACAGCAGCAGAUAACUACGAGCAGUUUCGAGACAUUCUGUCAUCGGCAUUGAUCGAGCAGCUCGCCCAGCCAGGCCCGCGCCGCUCGCGCCGACAACAACGGCAGCGGCAACGGCAGCGGGCCAAGAAACCCGCCGGGUCCCCGUCGCCCUCAUUCCUCGCUACAGCCAGGGAAAAGAGCACGGGACCGCCGGAAGCAAUCGCCGAUGCCGACGCAGUUGACGACGACCUGACCGACUUCGUCGAGUACAUAGCCAGCGCCAUCUUCGCGGCGCUGCCCGCGGAGCUGCAGGAGAUUGACUACGGCGCAUGGGCUGCCGACAAACCGUCGUCGCCGCUACAGCAACGGUACGCCCUGCCGCUGAGCAGCGACGCCGUAGGCGACAUGUUACGACUCACCACCAGCGGCGGCGUAGACGCAAGCAUCAGCGAGUCGCUGGCAGCGUACGGAGUCACAACCAACACCAGCGGGGUGGAGCCGGAGCCGGAGCCGGAGACGGGUAUGGCGGAGCUGCUAGCGCCGGUGGUGACGGCGUACAUCAGCUCGGCGACAGCUGCGCCGGCGCCGGCAUCAGCAACCAAGGGCCUUGUCACGGGGUGCGAGCUGUGCGGGCGCGACUGGAUCAACUUGACGUACCACCACCUGAUUCCGCGCAUGGUGCACGCCAAAGUCGUCAAGCGCGGCUGGCACCGCGCCGACGAGCUGCAGAACGUGGCCUGGCUGUGUGGGGCGUGCCACCGGUUCGUGCACCGCUUUGCGGGCCACGAGGACUUGGCGCGGCGGUUCUACACGGUCGAGCUGCUGCUGGAGCAGCCCGCCGUCGCCGCGUUUGCCGAGUGGGCUGGCAGGCUGCGGUGGAAAGGGUUGGGGGAGGCGAGGCGGCGGAGAGGGCCGUGA